AUGGGGCUUUCAUCGGACUUGAUGAUCAAGAGUUCUAGUGGUGUUAUUGUUGUCUACGAUAAUAAUCUUAGCACUACAGAUAACUAUCACGGGAGAUCUAGAAACAAAGAGUUAAAUCCCAUUCCCUUAAUUUCCAACAUCGGCAAAACACGCUCUAGUCAUCGCGAUGCGAUAUCAAUAUCAGCAGAUAGAAAACCAUCGAAAUCGAACUCUGCACAAUAUGCAGGGGAUUACAAGCCAGGAUAUGGAUGGCGAAAACCCCAUUUUUUGAUUCCGCAAGAUAUUGAUGCAGAUGCGGAGCUAGAAACAAGCAAUACAGAAAAUGAAUAUGGGAAGAGUAUCACGGGGAGGAAUCGUUCGAGAGAAUAUCGUUCUUCGCCGCGGAGUAGAGAAAGGAGUAGAAGUACUAGUAAAUCUAGCACUAAUGGUGAUAAUACCGACGUCUCUAGUAGAAGUAAGAGGGCGAUUCCAUAUUAUAAUAAAGGAUCUGAUCCGAGAAUUCGCUCGGAUCGGAAAUCUCGCCCAUCUUCGAGAGUGUCGGCUACUUCUCGUGGUGUAAAGUCCUCUUAUUCGAUAACUGGGGAUUAUCAUAGCAGUAAUUCCGCCUCGAAUCGUGUACCACCUCUCGAUUCAAAUUUUACAGAUAAUGAAUCGACAGAUAAUCCAUCGCGAACUCGAAUAAAGAAGAAAGAAUCGAGAUCUGUUCAAAGUGAUGAUAGUAAAAAAUCUCAUAAAUCUACUACUAACAAUAGUACGAAAUCAAGAUCAUCUGUUGAGCAAACUUUCAAGGAAGCUGUAAGGGUUAAGCUGUCGAGACCUGCAUUCGACGAUGUUAAACCCGUACCUAUUAAAAGAGGUGUGGUGAUUGAUCAUGGACGAGCAUAUCGUGCAGAAAUGGAACAAGAAGUUAUUCUCGACGCGGAUACUGAUUGGGGAGGACCAGGCGCAGACGAACUAAGAAAAGAACAUUCCUCUUCUUCAUCUUCUCAGUUACAAAAUAACAGAAGUCAAAACCCCCCUAAUACAGUCUACACAAGCACAAGCACAACCACAGCCGAGUACAAUCAUCCUAAUUCCUCUAUAAGAAGAAAACGCGUCGGUGGCCCCGAAGAUCCUACAUUCAUGCCUACGCGAAAACCAGUACCUAAACCAGUACCUAGAGCGAAAGAUCUUCAGAAUCUUUCAUCUAGGGAAGCUUCGAGAAUAUCAUCUCGUUCGGAUAUUCUAGAGAUAAAGGUAAAGUUAGGGUACUCGAGAGAUAGAGAUAGAGAUAGAGAUCCUUCUGGAACAGAGGGUUGGGGAAAUGGGGGAAAUCCUUUUGAUGGGUAUGGACGGUCUGGGAAGGAGGAGAAAGGGAGGGAGAAGGAAAAGGAGAGGGAGAAGAAGAAUCGUUUGAAAAAUAUGAAAAUGUCGGAGAAACUUGGAAGAGCUUUGAGGGGGUUUGGACGGAGAUCUAAGGGGGAGGGGGAAGGAGGCUAUGUUUAA